AUGGUCAGCGAAACCGACGUGGCGACAGCUGCGUUGGCUAUAGCGAUCUCAGCCUUGGUCAUCGCAGCCGGUCAACUUAUCGCCCAGCUAUUUUCGACUGCAGACGGUUACCGCAGAUGCCAGCCUUCUGUCAUUGGAGAGUGGUAUAAAUUGGUAGAAUUGAAGUUCCGGUGGAGCUCAUUUCGAUAUGAAGUCAAGGUCACGACACCUCACUUCGAGAUUCGCCCAAUGGCUGAUUUCGAAGAGCGCGAGUCUUUUCUAUUGGACCAGAAUAAGCCCCUUCCAGAGUUUCCUUGGUCUUUGUUUACACUAAAGUCACGAUACCUGGCCUAUCCUUGGAAGCCAGCACCACUCCUGGGUACUCAAGGUUCGCGCCGGGGCACUUUCUCUGAUGACAGAAGGAAAUUUUUUGGUAGAGUUACAAAAACAGCGACGGCCGAACACAAGGCUUACACACGCAUAGAUAGUACAGGAGACGAUGUUCCUACGUGGGUAGCUUUACUGAACGAUGCCCACAGCUGCCAGUCUGUCGAACUUCGUCUCCGUGUAGACUACAAUGUUCCCCCAUGGUAUUGGAACAGUGAUAUAGCACCCAUAUGUAUCACAAGGAAAACCCGUUCUUGGGACUUCAUGCCGCCGGAUAUCGUGCGACCAGUCUCUAGCACAACAGUGGGCGAUCUAAUCACGAUGGCAUAUCGUUUAGGUAUGAUAUGGUCAGACUUCCGACUUGAUGAAGGCAAGAUGCGUGCUAGCGGCAACGGACGAAGCUUCUCCGCAUCGAUAGUACGCGGUAUGGGGCUGGUCGUUGAGUAUAGUGGGAACGGGUCCUAUAGAAUUUGGGACGGGGUAGAUAGUAUACUCAGUGUCGCUGCUGAUAAGGUUGAUCCCCAAGCUACUGUUUCUGAAGCACCCAAUGCGACAUUGGACUAUUCAAGAUAUGUCACAAGGCGUUGCCUACUUGCAAACCUAGCUUACGAGCAUAAGAUGACCUGUGGGAUCAUACCUGCCAAGCGCAAUACGGUCAGGGGCAGGGAUCUACUUUUGAGGACUACACAAUCGCCUCAGGAUUUGGAACUCAAGCAACCAUUUUCAGUUCUCGACAUAUAUGGGGAUGCCAAAAUAGCUUUAGAAGCAAGUUUGUCGCAUCCAGAUCCGGCUCAUAGACUUCCCGCGUUCACGGACGUCAUGGGAUUAUGGGGCAAUUGGAUCCUCCUCGAGAGCCUUGGUACGAACAAAAUCGACAACCCAUUUCCCUUCCCAUUAACAACGAUGGGUGAAAGACCAGAGUCACGUCACGUUUGGAGGUCGGAGCUUAGAAAACAAGAGUCAUCGCUCUCAGAUACGCGUAAGCGAGUGCUGCAGUUCUACGACGACUGGGAACUCCAUGAUCCUCAAAGAUUCGUGAAUAACUACCGGCUUUACACGACAUCAGAUCGUCAGUUCACAUUCUUCAAGAAGGCGUUUGACGACACAACAGCAUACUUUGAUGGAACUUCGAAAGCCAUUGACCCAGACUUCUCUGAUCGGACAUACGAACUACUUAUAAGUGCGCACAUCUCCGUUAACGCACACAGUGUUGAACAAGCCGAGAAAAAUGUCAAGAACAAGGUAGUACGGGAAAAUGACUCGCUUCCGGACAGUCUAGAUCCAAUCUUCAAAGAGCGCGCUUAUAUUUACGCCGAAAAUGUACCCAAAUUUGUGGAGGGUAUGAAGAGGAGUCGGUUCCAUGAUCCCAAAAAGAAUAUCUCGUAUGAAGACAUAUGGUGGAUACUGAUGAUGCGCCUCCAUGCGUGGACUAUGAGCGUCAACUGGGUCGAUGACAGAAGAGGCGUGAAGAUCCCGAGCGAACACUACUAUAGUCCAGCUCGAGUGUACAUCUUGUAG